GUGAAGCGACGCGCCGACUCCGUGCUGCUGGCGACUAGUAACGAGCCGCAUGAUUUGGGUCUUCAUUUCUUGUUUAAAUUUCGCGGGCGAAAUAAAUUUUUUUUAUUGGACUAAAUACACUUUUAUGAUAUUAUUUAUUGUGGAAACUUUAUUUUAUCGCGUGAGUUUUCCCGACCGUGAAUAAUCACCGAUUAUUUCUUGAAUAAAAAAAAUUUAUUUAUUUCUUUUGGAACAUUUUCAUACAGAAUUAUUGGACUUGAGAAUUCGGUCAGAUGUUUGGGAAUGAAAAGCAACGGCGAAAGCUGCUGUUCGCUGCUCCAAUCUGUCUCUUGGUAGUUUUCACAUUGAAGCAAAGCCAGUUACUUGACUCCAAUUCAGCCACUUUCAAUUAUUAUUGGAACAAUGAAAGAGCGUCUCGCCGAAUGCUAUUUAGAGCAAAAAAAGAUGGUCUCAUUGCUCCUCCAAUAUAUGACGACGUUGAGCUGCCGUGGUGGGAGCGAACAAACAUUACCAGCUGCAGUGAGCUCACAGACAACGUAAAGCACCCCAGUCAUGCAGUAGAACAUCGUGUCGCCCCUUACAAUGGCAGCAAUUUUGUUCCUCUGAGCGGAAGCUGUGGACGACGAGCGUCGCUGCUCGGGAACAAGCAGAAAGUUGUAUCUUUCUCCGUGUAUGGAAAAAAUCAAAAGUAUUACAAAGGAUUAGUGUUUAUAAUUAGAGAUAUUCAGAAAUUGUAUCCGGGUUGGAAUAUCCGCAUUCACACACUCCCUAAAGAACACUACUCCUUUUUCUGUCCUCUGUUGAUGAAGUAUCCCAACUUGGCCUUGUGUGAUGCCGAGAACCUGCCUGAGCCUCUGGGUGACGUGUCGAUGUUGAACCCAAUGCUGUGGCGCUCGUCACCCAUGGGGGACCCGCAGGUCGAGCGUUUCAUCGUCAGGGACUCAGAUGCCCAGAUGAGCGAGCGGGAGGUGGCGGCCGUGAACGAGUGGAUGGCGUCAGGUAAAGCGGUGCAUCUCAUGAGGGAUCACCCAGCUCACGACGCCCCUGUCAUGGGGGGUAUGUUCGGGGUGUACCAGCCCCCCGACAUGCUUCAUGUCUUCGAGGACAUCCUGGACAAGCUUUUCGUCUUGCAUCCAGCGAAUGAUCAGGAUAAUUUAGCGAGAGUGAUGACGAGAAGCUUCCUAGACGAGCACGCUCUGCAGCACAGCAGCUUCCACUGCACGAGUAGGCGUCUGGGACCCAGUCUGCCCUUCCCGACUCAGAGAGAAGGCGGCUUUUUUGUCGGCAACCCUUGGUAUCGACCAGAGUACUGCUGCGAGCCUCUGGACAAGAAGUGCCCUAAACCAUGCCGGCCCCCACAGCAUCCAGAUUGGCUGUACUGCUAGAUACAAUCGCACAUUACGAGAGUGCCUUCAUACUUUUUCGCCGUAAAUCUCCACUGGGCGGAAAAAUCACGAUAAGGGGCAACUUACUGCAUGGACACGUCUGAAGGACAUUUUUUACCGGACUCUCGAAACAGACGCACUAAUACUUAACAUCGGAGCUUCUACGAGUAAUUGAAUGCGACAUAUAAUUCUACUCAACUUUUUUAUGACUACCCAAGUUAUUGCACAUAAUAGCUAUAAAUGUUAAAUAACGUUCUUAUUACAUUGCAAGUGAAUUUAGAUUGUUACGUAUUAUUCAAAUUUUCUUUCCUACAUGCAAUUAUGAAAUGAAAAAUCGAGAACAAUAGCCUAAGAAGGGUACAUAGCGGCGGCUAUUAGCUACAACUUAACUUUAUUCAUUUUUAUCGAACAUUAAAUUAUUUAGUACGUUUCUUUGUUAUCAAUCUGACCAAUCACGCUUUUAACCAAUGUAUAGGGAAUGUAGAUAUGUUGCAAAUGAAUUCUUAACAUUUUCAAAACGCAUCAGAUCGGUUGGUACAUUUUCAUAUUUCAUCAGCAAUUUUCACAUGUUUUUGUCGCAGCAGAAAUCUGUACAUUCACAUAUCGUAUUUUCCGUUCUUUUUAUUUUCAUGUCAUGCCAGCUAUCUCAACAUUCAUAUUUCACGUCCGCAGUCGUUGCCUUUUAACUAAUUCAAUUCCAAAUAUAUUUUGUAUUAUUCCGGCUAAUAUACAGUAUUUACUCACCACAGUAGCUAAAACAAUCACUCCAAUCCAAUUGUCCACCGAACGAAAUACCUAAAUUUAUCAAAAAAUAAUCAGAAACCUAUUGAUAUCAUCCAACGAGACCCUAACUACUUAUAAUACCAGAAAAAAAAAUAAAUUCAAUGACCGAUUUGAACAUAGCUGUGUAAAACUCCACUCAAAUAAGCUUUAAACAUAUGACGACUUUUUUCCCAUCUACUGAAUCGCGAUAAAAACAUUUGAACUGCCGCUGUACAAUUAUAUCAAUACUUAAGUAAAAUUGGCAAACUCGAAACUAUAUAUGGCCAGCAAUUUUUAUCUGGGUAAGAAACUUUUCAAACGCAAACAACAUUAAGAGAAACAGUAUUAGAUGUCAUUUUAAAAUAGUUCGAAGACACAGAACGAAGUGACGUCGUGCAAUUAUGUAAA